AUGCCCUUUGUUCCUUCUUUCCCGGGGUGCUCUCAGUUCCUGCCGAGGCGCAACCUGCACCUAGUCCUCAAGGGCCCAACGGCGUUUCGGCGGAUACAUGGGGUUUUUUACUCGAGUCAGCUUGGACUCUGCGAGCCAGCUUUCCGCUGCCACCUCGCGAACUUGCGCGUCAUUGAGGCGCACAACGCCGGCAACAGCUCGUUCACCAUGGGCAUCACCCAGUUUGCCGACCUCACCGCCGCCGAGUUUUCCGCCUACGUCAAACGCUUCCCCAUGAACGUCACCCGCCCUCGCAACGAGGUUUGGAUUACCGAGGCCCCUUUGCAGGAGGUGGACUGGCGCCAGAAGAACGCUGUCACGGAGAUUAAGAACCAAGGCCAGUGCGGUUCCUGCUGGUCCUUCUCCACCACCGGCUCGGUUGAGGGCGCCCACGCCAUUGCCACGGGCAAGCUCGUCUCCCUUUCCGAGCAGCAGCUCAUGGACUGCUCCACCCGCUACGGCAACCAUGGCUGCAACGGUGGCCUGAUGGACUACGCUUUCGAGUACGUCAUUGCCAACGGUGGUCUCGACACUGAGGAGGACUACCCUUACACUGCCGAAGAUGGCAAGUGCAACACGGAAAAGGAGAAGAAGCAUGCUGCCGAGAUCCACGGCUUCAGGAACGUCCCCAAGGAGCACGAGGACCAGCUCGCGGCUGCCGUCUCGAUCGGCCCCGUCUCGGUUGCCAUUGAGGCCGACCAGGCUGGCUUCCAGCAUUACACCUCGGGUGUCUUUGACGGCAAGUGCGGCACCAGCCUCGACCACGGUGUUCUCGUUGUCGGCUACUCGGACGACUACUGGAUUGUCAAGAACUCGUGGGGCAAGUCGUGGGGCGAGGAAGGCUACAUUCGCCUGAAGCGCGGCGUCGACAAGAAGGGCAUGUGCGGCAUCACCAUGCAGGCCUCCUACCCCGAGAAGCGCCCAAUCCUCUGCUUCUCACGCUUCAACAGAUGA